AUGUCGAACCAGCGAGCGUCGCGCUGGCGCUGCCAUUUGCUCCUCGCAGCCUCGGUCUUUGCGCUCUGCAGCGCCGUGCCUCUCUAUGGCAGUGGUGCACCUGCAAUACUGCAACAGUAUGCUACAGGCAACGUUGACGAACCACUUGCUGACUCGCCUAGCAAGCAAUGGAAGAUUGAUGCUCGACGCAAGCAAGAACGCAUAAAGACGACGAUUGUACGUCAAAAAGACUUGCCCGCUCAGCAUCUCAUCCCUUCGAAUGCAGGUCACCCAAAUUUCGACGCUAGCAACAUUCAAAGGAUGCCUGGUGCACCGCUGCACGCCGUUCAUGGUCUGCACGUCGCGUUUGAUGGCGUAUAUCUUCAAGGCAAAGUGCGUCAAGAUACGAUCAGAGUGGCAGCUCAUCAUUACCAACAGCACUUUCAUCCCGAUGCGACGCAUGUGCGCGUGAGUGUGGCGUGGCGUGGCGUGCGUCCGUCGGAGCGGCAAGGCAAGGCUUUGGGUGCUGAUUCGAGUUCGCGAGCGCGUACGCGCAGGUGAAGAGCACUUUCAGAAAAACGCUCCACGAACCGCUGGUUCAUUUGAAGGCCGAGGUGUGGAAGGGCAAUCAGAUGAUACCGGGUGGUGGCAUCACCUCCAAAGGUGAGUCACCUCAUGCCUUGCAGCCUUUGCGAGAGGCUCACACGCUGACGGGCGGGAAGCGCGCAGGCGUGCCGUACGAGGAUCAUCACAUCUUUCUCGCACCAGGAACGGCAGUCAGAAGCAGGUAUCGUACCGAAACUUUCGACGCUUACUACCGCUCCCCCGAUGCGAGCAUCGCGCGCGCCAAGACCUUUGCGCCAUGGUUCAGAGAUGUCAGCGUGACCGACGAGAGCAUCGGCAAGGGAAGCCCACCUCUUCAUCCUACGCGACCAUCGACUCGUUUGUACGAAGACCUGACCAACACUCCAGCAAGCGGUAGGAUGCUUCCCGCUUCGCAUGAUGCUCAGGCUGCGAUACCCUCUGCAGAGACGCGUGAGAUCAACGUGAGUGCAAGACCAAUAUCGGAGAAAGAUUACAUCGACGUCAUUGGCGCCAGCGUCAAGCACUAUGCGCAGAAAUAUCAUCCACAGACAACAAAGGUGACGGUGAGUGGUCGGCAAGUGUCUGCGCCCGUGGUCACGCGGCCCUCCCUGAUUUGCGGUUUUCCGGACUGGCGAGGCUGGCGCACAGAUUGUAAAGGGGCUCAACUCUCGACCUGAUGAGCCGGUGCCGCACUUUGAAGCUGUAUUGUACAAGCAAGCUGGAGGCAAGAAGCACAACACCUACACAAAGAUUGCAGGCGGUGGAUUUUCGAGCACGGGCAUCGCGUACAAGGGACACAAGAUCUAUCAAAAGCCGGGCACAAAGUUCCUGAGGAAUUGGAGAAUCAUCGAUCCGACGGAUCCUGGACCCAAAGCGCACGUGCAUGCCAGUCGGACCGACUUGGACCACAUCUACCCCGACACGGCAAUGGCCAUGCGCGACGCUGGCCAGCACUACAGAGCAAAGCCGAUGGGGAACGUCAGGCCGCCGCAGGGCAACAAUCUGAACGGACCGCGCGUCCAGAUUUCGUGGGAUCCGAAUCAACGUGCCAAGCACGACAAGACUCGGACCAGGCUAGCAGUGGCUGCGCAUGUUGUGGCUGACGAUGAGGCUCCGACACACCGCAUUACGAGCAUGGCUCGUCCCAUCGCAUCUCCUCGAUUCUAUCUGAGCGAGGCAGGUGUGCCGGAGCGGCACCGCAGUGCAAUCAAGCGACCUAAACGCCAAACAAGGAGGAUUCGCAUCGAGCCCGCGCGCGUACUUGGCGCGCAAGAAGCAGAUGGGGAGCAUGCGACAUCGACCCAUCCUUUGGUCGCUGGAGCAUUGAGCGGUUCUGGGGUGACGCAAGCGGAGCAGACGCCAGGUUCACCUUCCGCAGCAUUCGCAACGCGAGUUCUGGAAAGUCCAGCAGGAGCGGCAAGAACAGCGACAGAUCAGACGCACCACCAUACCGGUGCGCACGCGCACACCUCGCGCUGGUCUGAAGUGAGGUCUUUCGACUCGGGGCGAGACGCCGUAGCGUCCGACAGCGCGCCUACUGUCGACUCGGCUGCUCACGCAGCCGCCAGCUCUCCAGAUACGGCCCAGACGCAGGGAGAGCAGGCGCAAGCACUGCACACCCAAGCAGGGCAUGCUCGCGAGCACAGCAACACAAACGACCAGCGCCUUGACUCCGUGUCGCCGGGUCGAGAGGGGCAAGCUGCUGCAAUCGGAGCGCAAUCGGAGUCGGAGCAGGAUUGGCUGCAUCGCUACGCUGCCUCACCUCCCCUCUCUCCGCCACAUUCCGAUGCAUGGAACAGCGCAGAGCGACAUCAUGCGAGCGACUUUUGGCAUCAUUCGCCAGAAUGGGCUUGGCCCGCGCUGCCGCUGCCAGCAGCAGGACUAGACGUUGAGCCUGCACAGCUUCAGGAUCAUCUUGCCGCGCAGGAGCAGCAACACGCUAUGGAUGUGCACGAUGAGCAUGAUUGGAUCCAGCACCUGCUGCGUACGCCCCCGAGAAUCCACUUGCCGUGA